GCACCCUGUGACGCCUGCGUAGUAAGUCAGCCCCAUACUGGGGCGGAGGUCCACAGGUAGUAGACGCGCCGCGAGCGGUGCGGUCGUUAUAGCCCGCGAGCCGCCGGGUUGUUCCACCAAAACGCGAGUCUGCCCUGGCUUGCCGGACCUGAAGUCCGUGGGCAGCCGCCAUGUCGAUCUUCACCCCCACCAACCAGAUCCGCCUCACCAAUGUGGCCGUAGUACGGAUGAAGCGCGCCGGAAAGCGCUUUGAAAUCGCCUGCUACAAAAACAAGGUCGUCGGCUGGCGGAGUGGCGUGGAAAAAGACCUAGAUGAAGUUCUCCAGACCCACUCGGUGUUUGUGAAUGUUUCUAAAGGCCAGGUUGCAAAGAAAGAAGAUCUUAUCAGUGCCUUUGGAACAGACGACCAAACUGAAAUUUGUAAGCAGAUUUUGACUAAAGGAGAGGUUCAGGUGUCAGAUAAAGAAAGGCAUACACAGCUGGAACAGAUGUUUAGGGACAUUGCAACCAUUGUGGCAGACAAGUGUGUAAACCCAGAGACAAAGAGACCGUACACAGUCAUCCUCAUUGAGAGAGCCAUGAAGGACAUCCACUAUUCAGUCAAACCCAACAAGAGCACAAAGCAGCAGGCUUUGGAAGUAAUAAAGCAGUUAAAGGAGAAAAUGAAGAUCGAGCGCGCCCACAUGAGGCUCCGCUUCAUCCUUCCCGUGAACGAAGGGAAAAAGCUGAAAGAAAAGCUCAAGCCACUGAUCAAGGUUAUAGAAAGUGAAGACUACAGUCAGCAGCUGGAAAUGGUGUGUCUCAUCGACCCAGGCUGCUUCCGGGAAAUUGAUGAGCUCAUAAAAAAGGAAACAAAGGGCAAAGGUUCCCUAGAAGUCCUCAGCCUGAAAGACGUGGAAGAGGGAGACGAGAAAUUCGAAUGACCUCCACCGGCUCCUCAGCACCAACACUACAGCGGAUGCUUCGCAGCUGACGUCAGUCUCAUUUCUGUGAUUUGCCAAACCCUGCUGAAACUAUUUGACAUUUUCCGUCUCUGGUUUAACGUCUACAUAAGUAUACCAUGGGAAUGAUUUAGUUUUAAUUGUAAGUUGGGGUUUUGGGCAAAAGUUUAAAAAAAAAAAAAAGCAACAAUCCGAAGUCCAGAGUAGCAUUUUGCUGCUGUCUUCUGCCCUGCCAGCUGUUGCAGUAAAAGUUGAGACACUUCUUGUGCAUAAAAAGUUCAAUUUUGUACAUUGUAUAAGUUAAAUAAUUUGGGGAAUAUAUCUGUGAUGAUAAAAAGUAUUUGCUGGAAAAGGGAACAUAUGACUCAUUUCUGCUGCAAUCUGCAUACAGGCCUAAUUACUGUAUCAUGUGCUAAUGUAAACCUUCAGUGAUGACUUGCUGAUUAUCUGAAAAAGGAGAUAGAAUGACUGUGCAGGACUUCAGUAAUCCUCAGAGAACAUUCUGCCAUAUCCUAGAUUAUUCUUGGUAAAACAGAAAGUCAUUUAUAUCUAAUUCUUAAGGUUUAUAAUAUAUAUUAAUAUAGCUAAAAUUAUAUGUAACCAAUAAAGUGUUAUUUUUAUUAAA